AUGGCCACUCUCUCCUCAAAAGCGACUGAUAAUCUCCCUCCGACUGCAAGAGCUAUAGCUCUUAUUCUCUCCUCAACACCGUCUGUUCAGGAUGCACAACCCGGUGUCUUGCAUCAGCUCCUGGAAUUCGCCAAUAGAUACACCCAACACGUUCUGACAGAUGCUAGAGUUUACGCCGAACAUGCUGGCAGACAAGACAAGCUGGAGGCUGAAGAUGUUGUCCUCGCAGUUCAAGCCCGCGUAGGGUGGGAAUUUGGUGGUCGAGUCCCGUCUGAGUAUACCAUGUCGUUGGCCACUCAAACCAAUGCGAUAGCUCUCCCCGCUGUUCCAGAAGCCUUUGGAGUUCGGUUACCCCCUCAGUCCGAAUGCUUAACGUCUAUUGAUUUUGACCUCGUACCCAACAAACCACCACCUGGCGUCAAAAUAUACGAUGAAGAGGUUGAAGAGAUUGAAGAAUCUGAGUCUGAAGAGGAUGAUGAUGAUGAUGACAUGGAGCCCGCACCGAUACCAGAACAUCCAGCCGCUGGACGUGACUUUUCCGCGUCGCAGGAGCCUCUACACGAGGAAGCACCGUUCCCCAUCACCGCUCAGGCACCAUUCGAGGACGCGAUAAACACAGGAGGAAAGGACGACGGGAGUGAGGACGAUGAAGAUGGUCUCUUUGCAGGCGGUGAUGACGAUAGUGACGCCAUGGAAGAGAUCCAGACCGGCGCAGGCGACGAGACCAUGAACGGGACGAAACGCAAAUUAGUGGAAACAGAUGAUUAUGAUUAG